UAUUUAUCUUCUAAUUGGACGGUGACACCGGCGGUACGAGUGAGAAAACCUCCGCCACAUAACCUCCCGCACCAGCCAAUUCUCACCAAUAACAUUAAGAGACUGAAGCGAACAAAUUAGAAUCCUACUUGUUCUUCUGCUGCUGUGGCCACUGAUUCGACGGAGACGCCUGUUGUUGCUAACGAAUAAGACAGGGCCUCAAUUGAGGCUACCGAAGAGAAAGUCGUGCUUCCAACUAAUGAAUCCUUUGACAGGCUUCUGAGAAUUCGCCAUUCUUGUGCUCAUGUGAUGACCAUGGCUGUUCAAAAGCUAUACCCUGAUACAAAGGUGACAAUUGGGCCAUGGAUAGAAAUGGGUUUUAUUAUGACUUCGAUAUGGAGCCUUUGAUAGAUAAAGACCUGGAGAGGAUUAAGAAAGAGAUGAUGAGAAGACUUGGCAAUGAAUGGUGGGAUCUUUGUGCUGGUCCUCAUGUUGAAUCUACUGGAAACAUUAACAGGAAAGCCAUUGAGCUUGAAUCUGUCGCUGGUGCUUACUGGAGAGGAGACACAAAUAAGCCAAUGCUCCAAAGGAUAUAUGGCACUGCAUGGGAGAACGAGGUGGAGUUGAAAGCCUACCUUCACUUUAAAGAGGAGGCUACAUGCUGGGAUCACAGGCGACUUGGCCAAGACCUUGAUCUGUUUUCUAUACAGGAUGAAGCUGGUGGAGGGUUGGUGUUCUGGCAUCCUAAGGGUGCUGUUAUAAGACAUAUAAUAGAAGAUGCUUGGAAAAAGAUUCACAUGGAUCAUGGUUAA